AGAACAGGCAGUUGGUUCGCUCCACAGUGUCACUGGCUGUGUGUGAGAGGCCCAGAGAGCUGAGGAGAAGGGGGUGUUUGGAUCAGUUACAGCCGCAAAGGAGAGACACUCAGAGGGGAGAGAGGGCUCGAGAGACUGACGACUGAGUGUGAGAGAGAGGGAAGCAGUCUGGAGCUCGAGAGAAAAGCUCAAGAGAAGACCAGAACCAAAGAAAGAAAGCUGUUCAACUCUAAGACCAACAUACACACACACACAGAGUGAGAGAGAGAGAGAGAGAGAGAGAGAGAGAGAGAGAGAGAGAGAGGUUGGGGGGUGGAAGGCAGUCGAGGACUUUAUCAGAGUGGAACCGACAACAACCACAAGCCUGGAGAGCCAGUCCUUCUCUGAGCUGCUCUUGUUUUGUUCUGUGUGGAAAUUCCUUUGAGACGUCACUGCUAGCUGAGCUCAGCUGAACAACCACAGCCAAGAAAGACUGUUGUGGUUGCUUGUCAAACUAUAGUGUGUGUGGAGAUAGAGCGAGGAGCAUGUUUGACUGUAUGGAGGCUCUUGCCCCCCGGCCGCUUUUUGACGUGUCCACUCAGGGGGCUUGCAUGUUGGGCAAGGCCACCCCCUUCUUCCCUGGUCUGGACCCCUUUGCCUGGGCUGGGAUGGCCAGUGUUCAGUCAGUGGAGACCCAGAGCACCAGCUCUGAGGAGAUGGUGCCCAGUUCACCCUCUCCACCCCCUCCUCCCCGCAUUUACAAGCCCUGUUUCGUGUGCCAGGACAAGUCCUCUGGCUACCACUACGGGGUCAGCUCCUGUGAGGGUUGCAAGGGAUUCUUCCGGCGCAGUAUUCAGAAGAACAUGGUGUAUACCUGCCACCGAGACAAGAACUGUCAGAUCAACAAGGUGACCCGUAAUCGCUGUCAGUACUGCCGGCUGCAAAAGUGCUUUGAGGUUGGCAUGUCCAAAGAAGCGGUGCGUAAUGACAGGAACAAGAAGAAGAAGGAUGUGAAGGAGGAGGUGGUGUUGCUGGAGAGCUAUGAGCUCAGUGGAGAACUGGAAGAGCUAGUCAACAAAGUCAGCAAGGCCCACAAAGAUACCUUUCCCUCACUUGUCCAGCUGGGCAAAUACACUACAAACUCCAGUGCAGACCACCGUGUACAGUUGGAUCUGGGGCUGUGGGAUAAGUUCAGUGAACUCUCCACCAAGUGCAUCAUCAAGAUAGUGGAGUUUGCCAAGCGCCUGCCAGGCUUCACCACCCUCACCAUCGCUGACCAGAUCACUCUCCUCAAAUCAGCCUGUCUGGAUAUACUGAUGCUGAGGAUCUGCACUCGCUACACUCCGGAGCAGGACACAAUGACCUUCUCCGACGGGCUGACCCUGAACCGGACCCAGAUGCACAACGCAGGCUUUGGCCCUCUCACAGAGCUGGUGUUUGCCUUUGCUGGCCAGCUGCUGCCUCUGGAGAUGGACGACACAGAAACCGGCCUCCUCAGCGCCAUCUGCUUGAUCUGUGGAGACCGUAUGGACCUGGAGGAGCCCCAGAAGGUGGACAAGCUACAGGAACCCCUCCUGGAGGCCCUGAAAAUCUACGCCCGCCGCAGACGCCCCAACAAGCCCCACAUGUUCCCCCGCAUGCUGAUGAAGGUCACCGACCUCAGGGGCAUCAGCACCAAGGGUGCUGAGAGAGCCAUCACUCUGAAGAUGGAGAUCCCAGGCCCCAUGCCUCCUCUGAUCAGGGAGAUGCUGGAGAACCCCGAGGCCUUUGAGGACAGCAGCGACUCUGGGGACAGCGCCUCCGCCCCCCCUGCCAUCCAAGCCAUCAAGAAAGAGAGGGAGGAGAAGAGCCUCGAGGAGGAAGAUGAGGAUGAGGAGGACGAGUGGGGGGACGAGGAGAGGGAGAGGGGGGCGGACAGCGAUGGGGAGCCCUGGGGGGAGGCUGCAGCGGCAGAAGCGGUGUCCCAGAAAGGGGCAACUGGGAGAUCCCAGUGAGAGUGACAUAGUGAUGCACUCUGACCCAUUCUCGUCACCUCCUAUUCCACCACCCUCAGACAGACCAACACUCCCUGUCCUAUUCUUACAAGCCCACCAAGUCAUCUACCCACAUGAGCAGCCCAUCCUA